GCUGAGCUAGCACGCCAGGAGUCAUUAAAAAAAGAGAAGUCGUUAGCAACCGAAGAUUCCAGCCAGAACGCCAAAAUACCGAUCAGUGACAAAGAGGAUAAUAUUGCUGCAGAAGAGAAUGGGCAUUUUCAGCAUCCCGUCGAUGAAAGUUACGAUUCUGCCGACAUCGAGAAUUUAGAGGAUGUUUAUGAUGAGGAGGCGGAGGGAGAAGAGAACGAUGAGUACGAGUCCGAAAUUAUGUUAGUACAUUCUUGA